UUGUCUGACGUCAUCAGGAAGACCGCAGAUGGAAAGAUGGCUGCGUUUCGCUGUCGGCGAGACCCGUGCGGCUUUAUUUGUCUCAUUUUAACUUAUUUCAGCGUCUUUUACGCCGACUAUGUUGUGAUUCAGUAUGUCCUGAUCCCGGCGUACUCUGAAAGUGUAUGGUGCACUCUCCAUGGAUCUGUGUUCAAUAUUAUUCUGUUACUACUGCUGGCGUGCCAUUCAAAAGCAGUGUUCUCCGACCCUGGAAUGGUUCCUCUACCUGAGACAGCCAUUGACUUCUCUGACUUGAGGUCCCAGUCCAACCGUCUAAAUGACAGAGGCUGUGAGGGCUGGACAGUGUGCAGUCGCUGUGAGACGUAUCGGCCUCCUCGAGCCCAUCACUGCAGAGUUUGUCAGCGCUGCAUCAGAAGAAUGGACCAUCACUGCCCGUGGAUCAAUAACUGUGUUGGAGAGCUCAAUCAGAAGUACUUCAUUCAGUUCCUCUUCUACACAGGCAUGGCCAGCUUGUAUUCCAUGGCGCUGGUGGUGUCAGCAUGGGUGUGGAGAAUAAGGAGUGAAAGAGAGGGAGAUGAAGAUAAAGAAGGAGAAGAAUCUCCCAGCAAACAUCUUAUUGUGGCACAUUAUAUCAUUCUGCUGGUGGAGUCAAUACUUUUUGGAGUGUUUGUCUUGGUGAUAUUUUAUGACCAGCUGGUGUCCAUUAUAACAGAUGAGACGCCCAUCGAGCAGAUGAGGAACAGACUAAUGAAAGACAAACUCAACAACACCCACCCGACACACAUUACACACACAAGAAAGCCAAAAAUCGCAUUGCUGAGGGAGGUUUUUGGACGUGGUUCUAUACUAUGUUGGCUGUUCCCGCUCCAUUCCUCCCCCCCUUCUGUUGGCGGCAUCAGUUAUUCAGCACUUCCUGAUUACAAUGUGUAACACUAAUCAGUUUUUCAUUGGUUCCUUUGAACUUUCCAUCAGUAUUUCAUCGUGUGUAGGACACUGUGAAUAUUAUGUUACUGAGGUGCAAAUUUCAGCUAUGAAGGAAGAGUGCUUCUCUCUGUGUGAGUGUUUUUGUACACUGACUUUCGCUUACUGCUUCUCUAUCUCACACACACACACACUCAGAUACAAAUACUGUUACAAAAGGGACUUCCUUUACAAACCUGGAUCGUUUUCCUUUCUGUGUUUCAAAUAACCCAGGAUAAUUAAUGGAUUUCAUUUUAAUUUAAUCAUACAUUUUAUUGUGUGUUUUGGAGUACAUGGACUGUACUCCAUUUUACAUACGGAUUGUAUAUAAAGAUGUAUUUUAUAACUUUAAUUUCUGACAAAAGUGUUGCAUUUUCAGGGUACUGGACUACUUGUUGAAGUGCUUGUUUUUAUUUGUUUAAAAUCUUAAAUGUUUUUGCUGUUUUAUGGACAGCUUGAGGGAUGUGUGUACAUAACAGAUGAACUUGUAUAUUGAUAAUGUUUACAUUGAUAUUUAUUGUAAUUUAACUGUGGAUGUUUGUGUCUUAAUGCUGCUCUGAUUUAUGUGAAGUAAAAGACAUCUUUUCAAAUUCUGGCUUUUUAUUUAUUUUUUGCUUUAAAAUAAGUUUAAGUGAAAAUAAACCAAAAGUGUUACAUGUA